AAACCGUUGGUACUACAACAUAGGCUUGUUUACCCGCUUGGAUCCAGCACGGUAUACGGCACCACGGAUUUUCUUUGGACGAAAUAAUUCGUAAAUUCGGAGAAUAACUUCAAUGUUGAAUUUAGGAAAAUUCCCAAUUAAGUUUCACGACGGGAAACAAUCACGAGUAUCUGACGAAUUAGAUUGUUAUGUUAAUUAAAAUACGUCACUUCCGCACUUUAUUUGCGCCAUUUUGGAGCUUGGAGCUGGUGGUUUCCAGGCUGGUCGCUUCUGUAUUGUCUGUCGGGAGGAGGGAGAGAAUGGGGGACGGAUCAGCCAGCAGCGCUCACACUACCACAGCCCCGCUCCACACGUCCACCGCGGAGCGAGUUUAGUUGUUUUCUAAUCACUGGAAGAAACCCCUGCCCACAACCAGCCGACAAGGGACAGCGGAUACUGGACGACCUGGGCAUGGUUUGAGCGUCCAGAAGAAGGAGAAUAACCCGAGAGAGGAGAUAGGAAAGGCGGCGGAGGAGAGGAGCUCAGGUCGGCGGUGGCUCCGUCUUCACGUAGCCGGGGAUAGGACACGAAAGUCCGGGUUGAUUAUUUACCCUCUCCGCUGUUCUGGAGGAAGGACUGAACAACAGCCGGACCUGAGUCGAGUUGGACCUCCAAGCAGGUGUGCGUCAGGAUGUUCCAGCUGCCUGUCAACAACCUGGGCAGCCUGCGCAAAGCUCGCAAGAAUGUCAAGAGGGUCCUGGGAGACAUCGGGCUGGAGUUCUGCAGGGACCACCUGGAGGACUACAAGGACUACACCCCCCCUGACAUCUACAUUAAGCACACCAACUGGGACGACGUGUGCAUGUGGGAGCCGUCCCACAACAAAGUGCAGGAGUACCGCUCAAAGCCCUUCUGCUGCUCCGGCUGCCCCUUCUCCUCCAAGUACUUCUCGGCCUACAAGAGCCACUUCCGCAACGUCCACAGCGAGGACUUCGAGAGCCGCAUCCUGCUCAACUGCCCCUACUGCACCUACAACGGCAACAAGAAGACCCUGGAGUUCCACAUCAAGCUGUUCCACAUGCCCGCCAACCCCCCCCGGCCCGGCGCCAUGGGGACGGGAGCCGGCGCCGGCGGCCUGAUGAUGACGAAGGACGGCGCGGUGCGGCGCACGGCGGACGGCGGCGUGGAGCAGGCCGUGUACUACUGCAAGAAGUGCACGUACCGGGACCCCCUGUACAACGUGGUGCGCAAGCACAUCUACCGCGAGCACUUCCAGCACGUGGCGCAGCCCUACCUCGCCAAGCCGGGCGACAAGCCAGCCGCCGCCGCCGCCGCCGCCGCCACGCAGAACGGCACUACCUCAGGGGCCGUGGCCGGCCACGCCCACGCCAACGCCCAACACGCCAGCAACAGCAACCAGAUCCACUGCAAGAAGUGCCUGUUCGUGCCGCGCACGUACGAGGCGCUGGUGCAGCACGUCAUCGAGGACCACGAGCGCAUCGGCUACCAGGUGACGGCCAUGAUCGGCCACACCAACGUGGUGGUGCCGCGGCCCAAACCCAGCCUCAACAUGAUGCCCAAGACCAUCGGCGACAAGACCAUCAUCGGCAUGGGGCCCAAGGGCGCCGUCAUGGCCACCACGCGGCCCAUGGGCUCGCAGCACGCGGGCCGCAUCGUCAUCCCGUCCAAGCCCGGCGCCCACGGGCUGCUGGCCGGGCUGAAGCAGAACACGCUGGGGCUGAAGGCGGGCGCCACGCAGUCGUUCUCGGUGGGCGGGCAGCAGGUGCGGAUCACGCUGCCCGGGAACGCCCAGGUGUCGGUGCCGCAGCAGUCGCAGGCGGCCAAGCAGCUGCUCACGGGGGGCAACAUGCGGAGCCUGGUGAGCGCGUCGCUGAAGGCCAACCCGCUGGGGGCGCGCGUGCAGGCGGCGGCCACCACCGUGGCCUCGGUGGCGGGCAAGAAGGGCGGCUCCUCGGUGCUGGGCAACUCGUACACGCAGAAGUGGAAGAUCUGCACCAUCUGCAACGAGCUGUUCCCGGAGAACGUGUACAGCCUGCACUUUGAGAAGGAGCACAAGGCGGAGAAGGUGCCCGCCGUGGCCAACUACAUCAUGAAGAUCCACAACUUCACCAGCAAGUGUCUGUACUGCAACCGCUACCUGCCCAGCGACACGCUGCUCAACCACAUGCUGAUCCACGGCCUCUCCUGCCCGCACUGCCGGGCCACCUUCAACGACGUGGAGAAGAUGGUGGCGCACAUGCGCAACUCGCACCCCAACGAGCCCUUCGUCGCCCGCACUGACUCUCCGCUGACCUUCGACCUGACCCUGCAGCAGGGGAACCCCAAGAACGUGCAGCUGAUCGUGACCACCUACAACAUGAAGGACGCGCCGGAGGAGUCGGUGGCCUUCCACGCCCAGAACAACGCCACGGCCGCCGCCGCCACCGCCGGCCCCGCCGCCGCCUCCGCCUCCGCCACCUCCCUGACGCCCAGCAAGCGCUCCACGCCACAGACACCCCCCAAGGCGCCCCCGGAGGCCGCCGACGGCGCCACGCCCAAGAACGCCAGCCAGGCCGCCGUGCCCUACAAGAGGGACGUGGGCAAGACGCUGUGCCCGCUCUGCUUCUCCAUCCUCAAGGGCCCCAUCUCGGACGCCCUGGCGCACCACCUGCGGGAGCGGCACCAGGUGAUCCAGACGGUGCACCCCGUGGAGAAGAAGCUGACCUACAAGUGCAUCCACUGCCUGGGCGUGUACACCAGCAACAUGACGGCCUCCACCAUCACCCUGCACCUGGUGCACUGCCGCGGCGUGGGCAAGACCCCCAACGGCCAGGACAGCCGGCCCUCGCCCUCGGCCCGCGUCACGCAGGCCCAGACCAACGCCCUGAAGCGGGCCGGCUUCGAGGGCGUGGAGGGCGCCGCCGCGGCCGCCGACGCACCCCCGGAGCCCAAGCGGAGGAGACCCGGGCCGCCCGGGAAGAGGGCGCACCCGCCGGGCACCUUCGUGGAGAACCCGGACGAGCCGGUGGUGCUGGCCCUCGACCCCAAGGGCCACGAGGACGAGUCGUACGAGUCGCGGAAGGGCUUCCUCACGCAGUACUUCAACCAGCAGCCCUACCCCACGCGCCGCGAGGUGGAGAAGCUGGCGGCCGGCCUGUGGCUCUGGAAGUCGGACAUCGCCAGCCAC